GAGGAAUACACGGCGGUGUCUGGCCAUAUUGCGGGGCAGGUCUUGUGUGCUGCUGAAACCUUCCGUAAUCCGCGAACAUCGGCCUACCCAGCGCACAUCCACCAUGACGGAGCGGGAGGAUAACGUGUACAGGGCCAAACUCGCCGAGCAGGCUGAGAGAUAUGACGAGAUGGUGGAAGCCAUGAAGCUGGUGGCCUCCAUGGACGUGGAGCUGACAGUGGAAGAGAGGAACCUGCUCUCUGUGGCGUACAAGAAUGUGAUCGGUGCGCGGCGAGCAUCGUGGCGCAUCAUCUCCUCCAUCGAGCAGAAGGAGGAGAACAAGGGUGAGGAGAAGCUGGAGAUGAUCAGGAAUUACAGGACACAGGUUGAGAAGGAGCUGAAGGAUAUCUGCUCAGACAUCCUGGGGCUACUGGACAAACACCUCAUUCCCACAGCCUCUUCAGGGGAAAGCCGUGUCUUCUUCUACAAGAUGAAGGGAGAUUACCACAGGUAUCUUGCAGAAUUUGCCACCAGCAACGACAGGAAGGCAGCUGCUGAGAACUCCUUGGUGGCUUACAAGGCAGCCAGUGAUAUUGCCAUGACUGAGCUCCCUCCCACACACCCCAUCAGGUUGGGUCUGGCGCUGAACUUCUCAGUGUUCUACUAUGAGAUCUUGAACAGCCCAGAGCGGGCCUGCCGGCUUGCCAAGGCAGCAUUUGACGAUGCGAUUGCUGAGCUGGACACCUUGUCUGAGGAGAGCUACAAGGACUCCACCCUCAUCAUGCAGCUGCUGCGUGACAACCUUACGUUAUGGACCUCAGAUAUGCAGGGUGAAAGUGAGUCUGGGGCAGGAGCUGGCGGAGAGGGAGAGCAGAGAGAUAAGGAACAGGUGCAAGAUGUGGAGGACCAGGAUGUGAGCUAAGUGGUGGUAGAUGUGGUGACCCUCCCCUCCCAUACCCCUGCCCCUCCACCAUGCCACCACCGCCACCGCCACCUCUCUCCUCUUCUUCCCAUCCCUCCCUGCCCUUUCCCAGUGUCUUCAUCCACCACCACCACCACCACCACUACCACCACAUCCACCGCCACCACAACCACCACUCCUGCACACUCUGGAGCUCCGCCGUCACAUCCACCACGAGUACCACAGCCACCACCUUGAAUCUCUCUCUCUCAGCCACUGCCCCCUCUCAAGAUAUCAGUGUCAAGUGUAUACCAGUUAUUUAAACCACCCCCUUUAAGAAAUUAUAAGGAAAAUUUCAAUGUGCAAUGAGGAGAGACUUAACUGGAGUGUGACACAGAAGUUGCUUGUUAAUUUGAUAGAGAUGCAAGUAUAUUAUUUCCCUGUUUUCCCUUCAUGCAAUCCUGUACCAAUGCCAUAUCCCACCUUGAAGUGUGUGCGUGUGCGUGUGUGUGCGUGCUUGUGUAAGUUUUCUCUUAUAAUUUAUCAGCCUUUAUAUUAUAUGAUAGGUAAGGGAGAAAUGAUACCAGCAUGAUUUACUAUUGGUUGGCAUAAACUAGCGUACAUACAUUCGCAUAUAUACACAAGAGUGGUCUUUGAUGUACUGAAGCGUUAAAAUGCACAAAAAAUAAUUACCUUUAACACACAAGAAGCUGGCUGAUUGCUCACCUUUCCAUUAUUUCCUCCCACUCAUUUUUGUGUGUGCGACAGAGAUUAAGAGAGAGAGUAGCGAGUGUGUCUUGCUCCCUUCCUCCCACUAUCAUCCUUCACCUCCUUUUUCACUUGAUUUCCCUCCCAUGCACCUCACCUUACAUCCUCUCCUCUUCCCCCAUCACCUGGGCUCCCAUUUCCUGUCUCUACAUGACCAUUCCUUUCUUACUUCAUCAUUCCAGAAGGUUAAGAGCUUAGGAAUACCUGCUUGUACCUCCAUUGCAAGCAGGAGUUUUAUUUAAUUAAACAUUGAUAUAGAUUGUGCCUGCUUAUUGAUAGGUUUAGUUGUUAUUGCUGCAUUUUUUUUUUUUUUUUUUUUUUUUUUUUUUUUUGGAGGCAGUCCACCAUCACCUCAUCAAUUCUUUUCCGUUACGCUUCAUUUACAAGUAUAGAAGAAACCGAUGUGUGUAUUUAUUGUCUUGUAAUGUAAUGAUACAGGAACACGAUUGAAGCCUGCGUGUUAGGUAGGUGCAGUUCACAUCUUAUGCUUUAAGCUCCUGACACCUAACCUCUUCUUACCCGGUUAUUUUGAUUUCUACAGCUUUAGUUCAUUCCCUUCCUCACCACAGCAUCACCCUCACCCUCUGGUCCCUAUAUUCCCUUUCCACCCCUCAGUGUUACUUGCAUGCUCUCAAGAGAUUAUUUAUUGAGGUGGAUUAACUUUACUCCCAUGUUCCUUUCUCUACCCCCAGUGCUCAGUGUUAAGAACUGAAUUACAUGUGUUGUUGGAUCCAUGUGGACCCAUAUCACUAUUUUCAUGAUUUCAGCGAAUGUGUACAGUGUGUGUGUGUGUACAUGUGUCUGUCUGUGUGCGUGUGCGCGUUUGUGUCAGUGGAGGAUGCAUAUACCCGACAAACUUGUAUACAAAUGGCUGAUGGAAUAAUACACAUCCACAAAGAAAGAAAAAGCCUCCUUUAACCCACAUCCUGUCUUAAUGAUGUUGUAACCCAUGCGUUGAGUGGUCACUUUGAAAGGUGCUGGUUAAUGUUUGCAUUUAAGUACCCUUUUCACUUUUCCAUCCCAUCCCUGGCUCCUUCCUUCUGUCAAUGCAAUGUCUGGUUUGAUCAUCAGCUUGCCACUUGCUUUUAUUCCUCCUUAGUGCGCUCAGUGUUCCAAGGGGUGCAUAUUUCACAGGGUCAUGUCUCGAGUUGUGAGGCGACGUGUUGGUCAGGUAGUGGGUUUGGGGCUCUCGGAAUCCUGUGGUGAUCCACGGCACUGGUGUUUGUCGUGGUGGGGAAGGCCAAUGUGGUGGUGGUAGUGAUAGUAUUGGCCGGUUACCUUGCUUUUCAUCUUCAGCCACACCCCUCUGAUGCUAUUCUCGCGUGCUCUUCUAUGCUACGUUCCUCACUCAGCCUUUGUUUCCCCCACCUUAACCCUUCUGUACCUCCCCAUCCCACCUCUCCAGUCCUGGGUCACUCCUAGUCACUUGUAGAUGACAAGCUUUAACCUCAACCUAACUCUUGCCUCCUGAUCCCACUCCCUGCCUCCUUUCCUUAGGCUUCUGUUGUCUAGUAUAAAUGUUGCAACUUUUGGGGAAGUGAAAGUACUGAUUUUUUUUCUCUCAGUAUCCAAGACUGAAAGUAUCUACUGCUGCUCCUUUCCUCCUUUUCCUUCAUCCUUUCCUUACCUGUCUGUUCCUCACACCUUUCCCCAAGUCUGCCCUUCAUUCUUUAAGUAACACUGCCUCACAUGGUUACUAAGUAAUUUCUACAUCUUGUUACUUAUUUUUUUGUUGAAUCUUUUCUUGCCAUGUAACCUUAACUGUGUGUAUUUGAUAGUGAUCUUUACUGAAGGUUUUCUGUGGAGAGAGUAUACUUUAUCUUUUCUCUUAAUCUUGUAUUUUGUAAGUUUGUUUCUGCCAUUACUAUGGAAAGUGGGGUUGGAGGUGUCUUGGUGGUGCUUCUGUGGGAAAAUAUCAUUUAGUCGUUUAAAGAUACCCAAUUGUCAUUAUUGCCACUGUCAUUAAUGUUAUAUUUUUUACUGGUGUCUGUACCGCCGCCACCCACUUGGUCUCUGUCGGUGUGUCAUCCAUCUCUAACUAAUGACCAGUGCUACGCAGACCAUUUUCAUUAUAUUUUGUUUCCUUUCAUUCAUUUCCUAUGCUGCCCCUGCCCCUCCCAGUCUCAAACAUUCCAAAGUGAGGGUUUGUUCUUGCGUGUGUGUGUUUCUUUUUAGUCUAAUUGUUGUGGGCAACUGAUGAGCAAUAUGUUUUCAGUUUCUGUCUCAGGCCGGUCACAGUUAUACAUACAUGUUUUAUAACCAAAGCUGCUGGUCUCGGUUAGCCGGCAGCCAUCCUCUCCCCUCCGCCCCUCUACCCCUGCACUAAUGUAUCACUGCCUCCCCUGCUCCUCGCCCCUGCCCCUCCUCUAUCCCCUGGUGCUAGAUAAAAGAUUGUGGCAAUAAGCGAUGAAAUAUUAUAUUAAAAAAUAUCAAGCAAAUUGCAGAAAUGUGAGGAAGGGAAAACAAUGAGCACUAAAAUCAUUAUCAUCCUUAGAUCAGGUGUAUUUGCAGGUGCAGCUUAAAAAAAAACAAGGAGUCAAGUAGUAGUAUCAGUGUACAGUCUAGGAUGACUGGUGUGUGUGUGUGUGUGUCUGUCUCGACAUGGCAGCCUGGCCUGUAUGUGCGUGCAGUGAACCAGACUGUCGUGGUUUGAGUGCGUCAAGUGUGUGAGUUUUGCGAGACUGCUUACAAGUUUUAUUUAAGUGUUUCCUUGUGUGUACAGAGGAGUGCAUCACUAGUACUAUAGUAGAGGCUUGCUGGCUGCUGCAACACUUAACACACUGCAACAAGGAUUAGGAUGAAUGAUUCCACACAAAAAAAUUAUUGUAGGCUUAAAAUUUUCUUUGUACAAUGCCCGUGGUCCCCUGUUCCUCCCUAACCAUCAUCCCAACACCAGCUCCUUGAUCCUUGUCCCUCCCUGGUGCCCCCUAAACCCCUGCAGGAUCCCACAUUAAUAAGUACAGUACUUCCUGCAAUACCACAGUCUCAUUGGUUAUCGUCAUGCUGUAUUUUUUACUACAUAACAUUGCUACUACUAUUACUAUUACUACUACACGCUAUGAGUUGUGAGUCUUGCUAGAAUGUGCCCCUUCUAUGUACAUACUAAAUUGUGAUAGGUUAUGCACACCUCUCAAACGCACUUGCAUGUUACAGUGUUUGAUUAAAGCCUCCAUAUUCUCUAC